CCGUUCAGUCAUCUGUCCAAUCACAGACUGAAUAGUCAACACUUCCGUAUUGCACAUGUCUACGGGAGAAAGGAGGAAUGUCCACCGAGUUUCGUCAUUGAAAGUGUAACGACUACGGUUGUACUGAUCAUACAUUUUUUGGACAGGCGGUAACCAUGGCUUCCCGAGCUGGACCUCGAGCUACUGGCACAGAUGGAAGUGACUUUCAGCACCGCGAGAGAGUGGCCUCACACUACCAGAUGAGUGUCGCCCUCAAGUCCGAGAUCCGUAAGCUGAACAUCGUCCAUGUUCUGAUCUGGCUCCUCUUAGCUGCCCAGGUGACAGUGAGCCAGCUGAACCUAGUGUCCCACAGUGUGGUGGCUGCUCCCUACCAGUGGGAGUACCCCUACUUGCUCAGUAUCAUCCCCUCCCUCUUCAGCUUCAUGGCCCUGCCCAAAAACAACAUCAGCUACCUGGUGAUCUCCAUGAUCAGUGCCGGCCUCUUCUGCAUAGCACCGCUCAUCUACGGGGGCAUGGAGAUGUUCCCGGUGGCCCAGCAGCUGUACCGCCACGGCAAGGCCUACCGCUUCAUCUUCGGCUUCUCUGCCGUGUCCGUCAUGUACCUGGUGAUGGUGAUCGCGGUGCAGGUGCACGGCUGGCAGAUCUACUACAGCAAGAAGCUGCUGGACGCCUGGUUCACCUCCACACAAGACAAGAAGAAGAAAUUAUGAUAGAGGACUAAAUUAUUUAAACAACUGACAAGGAAUGACUAUUGCUGCCUGCCACUGUCUGACACCACUUCUAGGCCCAUCUUCCAUCUAUAUUUGAAUUCUACAUCCCCAUCUCGCCAUCCCUAAUUGAUAGUUGUAGGACUAAUUGGAAUACUCAGCAGGCUGUCCUGUCGUCUUCCUGGUAAACCCUCUAACCUCCAUUAUCUCAUCUCCUGGCUCUGGAGCCUGUAGACUGAUUAAGACUUGAGUUGUCUAUCUGAGACUCCAGGGUUUAAUGUUGACCCGUCCUGCUGCGUUAGAAACCCAUCCUCUUAUAUCUCAUCCUGAUCUAUGGAGCUGGCUGCCAUAAUCUGUCCUGCAAGGGAUAGUACGCUAGUUACUGUACCUCCAGUCUUAGACAUACGUUCUAAUUAUCGCUCCUUCCUCCACAAGUUUGCACUUGUUCACUGAUUUGAAAGGAAAUGACUGGAAUAAUAAAUAUGGUAGAAACUCUCACUAGACCAGGGAUAGGCACCUUUGAUGGGGUGGGGACCACAAAACAUCUGAACUCAUCAUGCCGCAGUAGCUCGCGGGUCUACCUAACCUUGGGGCGGCAGGUAGCCUAGUGGUUAGAGCGUUGGAUAAGUAACUGAAAGGUUGCAAGAUCAAAUCCCUGAGCUGACAAGGUAAAAAUCUGUUGUUCUGCCUGUUGUUCUGUUCCUACGCUGUCAUUGAAAAUAAGAAUUUGUUCUUAACUGACUUGCCUGGUUAAAUAAAUAAACUCAUCCAUACCCACACAUCCAGUCAGAGCCGGCCCUAGCCUUUUGGGUGCCCCAAGUGGAAUUUUGUGUGCACAAAGUUUUAGCGCCCCCCCCCCCCCCCCCCCCCCCCCCAAUGACAAUGGAGAGGAAAAAAGUAUGUUUUAGAAUUAAUUUCCUGAUAUUCUACACAAUUUGCCAUGGCGAGGAGAGAUUUUGUAACUUAACUAAUUUCAUGGAAUUCUAAUAAUUUGCAAUUGGGUGGAGAGAAAUGUGCAGUUUUUCAGCUAAUUUCUUGAAAUUUCUCACCCAACUUUUUAUUAUGAUAUCUGAGUGAGAAUGACCUUCCCCAUUUGGUAAUUCGACCAUGAUUACUACAAGUUUAGAUCGCUGGCUAGACUAUUUUACCAGUCUAAACAAAUGUUUGCUGACAUGGGCUAAUUGAGUGACUAUCAGAGACUAACAUAACAAGAGAGAAACUGCUGAUGCACAACCAAACAUUGAAAUUGCACCUUGUGUUUUCUUCUAUUCUAACUUUCAACAAGUUAUUGAACCCGACUGAGUUCCUCAUUCUUUUCCUUUCAUUUUUGGAAAUGUAUUUGCGGGCCUACACCAGACCAGCAGUUCACCAUCCCUGCUAUGGACAGUGCCUCUGCGAAUCCAAUGUUUUUAGAUUUGUGGGUGAAAUAGUGAACGAGUGUACACUUCAGGAGGCAGACGUUAUAAUUGGGACAUACCCAAGACUAGAUCAGGACAUAAUGUGGCCUUAAAGAGAGGAGCCAUCCAGAGCUGAACGGAAAGGGUUAAGAGAAAGGCAAGAGCAGUGGUCAGAUUGCAUCCAUAUUGUUGUGUGCUGCUGUCAAUGCACAUUUUCAUGUUGACAGUACUCAACAAUUCAAUUGUUUCUAAAUGAGAUGUACAUUGUUAAAUAACAAUAAAUGGCUAUGCUGUAGCA